AACAGGGCGAGCAACUCUUACAAAAACCUUCAACAAAAUCCCCAACUGCGUUUGUCCCUGUAAAAAUGGCCACCCGCUACAAGUCGUACGAUUCCUGCUCUUCCAGGUCCACCUCAUCAUCCAUAGACCUCAACGCUUCCUCUUCCGCCAAACCAAAGCCCUCCUUCUCUAAAGCCCUCGCCAAACCAAACCCAUCGGCCGUCACCCAAGGUUGCCGGAGCAAGACCACCAGCACCACCACCACUCACCACAACUUCACGAGCAUCAUGAAGAGAUUCGUCGACAGUAAAUCCAAAAACAAGACAAUGGGCCAGCUUUUCAUUCCGUCCGAUGUACUUGCCGAGGAUCUCAAGAAGACCGCCAGAAAGGGAACUGCUUUCACGGCGUUGCAGAGGAAGCUGUUCGGGAACGGCUCCGCCGAUAAGGAGAGGAGGGCAUUGACGGAGGUUAAAGGGAAUACUAGGACUCUGGCUAUGGUUUUGAGAAGUGAGAGGGAGUUACUGAGUUCAAAUAAGGAGCUGGAGACGGAGAUUGCUUUGCUCAAGCUUCAGCUUCAAGACAAGAACACAGAGGUUGAGAAGCUGAAAGAUUUGUGCUUGAAACAAAGAGAAGAAAUCAAAUCAUUGAAAAGUGCAAUACUUUUCCCCGACGCCAUGAAUUCUGAGCUUCAAGAACUUGUGGAAACGCAAGGUUCUGAGCUGACACAAGCCAAGCAACAGAUCCCAACUCUGCAAAGACAGGUCAAUUCUCUUACAGAACAACUCCAAUGCCUUGCCCUGGAUCUUCAUCAGAUGAAAGCAGAUCGGUCUUGUGACCAGUGGCAUAGUAGCAUCUCUCCCAUGACGCCCGUGUUAGAUGGAGUCGAGCAUUCUGAUUCUUUGGAAUCUAGUUCUGGCGAUCCAACAGCUCCUGGUAGUCCAAGUGACUUGGUCCUUGAAGAUUUGAAUCCAUGUUUGACACCAUACUAUGCCAAGACAAAAUCCAAGGUAGACGACGGUAGUUCGAUUGUUUAG